AUGACCCUCCUACCGGGAGACAAUUCUGAUUACGACUACAGCGCUCUGAGCUGCACAUCGGAUGCCUCCUUCCAUCCAGCUUUCUUCCCCCAAAGCCAAUCACUCAAGGGUGUCUUCUACCGCCGGGCCCAGCGGCUGCGGCCACAGGACGAGCCCCGCCAGGGCGGCCAGCCUGAGGACCGCAGGCGGCAGAUCAUCAUCAACGUGGGCGGCAUCAAGUACUCGCUGCCCUGGACCACGUUGGAGGAGUUCCCGCUGACGCGGCUGGGCCAGCUCAAGGCCUGCACCAACUUCGAUGACAUCCUCAACGUGUGCGAUGACUACGACGUCACCUGCAACGAGUUCUUCUUCGACCGCAACCCCGGCGCCUUCGGCACCAUCCUGACCUUCCUGCGGGCGGGCAAGCUGCGGCUGCUGCGGGAGAUGUGCGCCCUGUCCUUUCAGGAGGAGCUGCUCUACUGGGGGAUCGCCGAGGACCACCUGGACGGCUGCUGCAAGCGCCGCUACCUGCAGAAGAUCCAGGAGUUCGCCGAGACGGUGGAGCGGGAGGACGAGGACGACGCGCUGGACAGCGAAGACCUGGACAGCGAGGGCCCCGCGGAGGAGGAGGGCCGCCUGGGCCGCUGCAUGCGGCGGCUGCGCGACAUGGUGGAAAGGCCGCACUCGGGGCUGCCCGGCAAGGUGUUCGCCUUCCUGUCGGUGCUCUUUGUCACAGUAACAGCUGUCAACCUCUCCAUCAGCACCCUGCCCAGCCUGAGGGAGGAGGAGGAGCAGGGCCGGUGCUCCCAGAUGUGCCGCAACAUCUUCAUCGUGGAGUCGGUGUGCGUGGGCUGGUUCUCUCUCGAGUUCCUCCUGCGGCUCAUCCAGGCGCCCAGCAAGUUCGCCUUCCUGCGGAGCCCGCUGACGCUGAUCGACAUGGUGGCCAUCCUGCCCUACUACGUCACCCUGCUGGUGGAUGGCGCCUCCGCGGGCCGCCGCAAGCCCGGCACAGGCAACAGCUACCUGGACAAGGUGGGGCUGGUGCUGCGCGUCCUGCGGGCGCUGCGCAUCCUGUACGUCAUGCGCCUGGCCCGCCACUCGCUGGGGCUGCAGACGCUGGGGCUGACGGCCCGCCGCUGCACCCGCGAGUUCGGGCUCCUGCUGCUCUUCCUCUGUGUGGCCAUCGCGCUCUUCGCCCCGCUCCUCUACGUCAUCGAGAACGAGAUGGCGGAGAGCCCCGAGUUCACCAGCAUCCCUGCCUGCUACUGGUGGGCCGUCAUCACCAUGACGACCGUGGGCUAUGGCGACAUGGUGCCCAGGAGCACGCCCGGCCAGGUGGUGGCGCUCAGCAGCAUCCUCAGCGGCAUCCUCCUCAUGGCCUUCCCCGUGACCUCCAUCUUCCACACCUUCUCCCGCUCCUACCUGGAGCUCAAGCAGGAGCAGGAGAGGGUGAUGUUCCGCAGGACCCAGUUUCUCAUCAAGACCAAGUCGCAGCUGAGCAGCAUGUCCCACGACAGUGACAUCUUGUUUGGAAGUGCCUCCUCGGACACCAGAGACAAUAACUGA